AUGUCAUAUCGCCAUAAAUUCAGAGCAUGCCGUUCCGAUCAGGACCUAUUCUGGGGGUCCGGUGCCCUACUAAAGGAUCUUGUCAUUAUCCUUUGGAGUUUCAAUAAGCUUCGAGAAGUUCGACUUAACCCACAAGGUGCCGGUCACAUCCCGGGCUGGGAUGUCGACGAAAAGAAACUGCAAAGUUUCACGAUAUACAGAAACACUAUGCUUGACAGGUACCACUACCCCAGAAGGUUCUACGAUCAUGAGUUGCAUCCGGCUCGUAACACGGCCGUUUUGAUUGUUCUCACAGCUCUAGUCCAAGCCAAAGUAAAACUUGAGCGCUUUCUCACCCCAGCAGACGACACUUUUGGAAUUUCAAUGCAAAUGCUUGCGAGUAUAUCAAGCCGUCAUGUGGGAAGCGCCUUCAAGAAUCUCAGCAAACUGUCCAUAACUAUCUGCCAUGAGGGACCCUCUAUACAAUUCAAGAGUACCGAGGGUCAUAUACCGGCCCUUCCUCGUCCACUCGUGGAGCUUACUGGGAUCAUUGCAUUGUCGAACUUGAAAGAGCUACAAUUGCAGUUCCCGAACUCGACUUGCCUGUUUCGCACGACCGAAGAAGAUCUCAUGAGUUGGCUGGCCAUGUUCCCAUCAAUCCGCCGGCUGGGAUUAGGUUACGUUACUCUGAAAGGCGCUGAUUCCGACGUUUGGGACCUCGUAUUCAAGCAACUCACGAAUGGCUGGGAUCUAGACCAGCUUUGGCUCAUAGCUCCUCGAUUUGGGUUCUCGCCGCUCCCCCUUUCGCAGCUGGAGCUGGCCUUCAGCAAUUUGCAAUUGCGGGACACUCCGUCCUGGCACAUGGCAGCACGUUCAAUAUUGCACUUUGAGGACUGGUAA